CCAGGCACGUUGCCAGGGGCCGGCCUAGUGCCGACCCUAGCGUAAAAGCUCGUGGGAAUCCACUCUGCCCACCUUUCUUUCACUCACUAACCCACACCAUCACCCACACACUCUUUCUAUAUUUCAAGCUGCUCCCUCCCUCCUGUAACACUCAUUCUACAGGCUCGAGGUCUUCUUGUUCAUUCAUUCACUCCCUCAAGACAUUUCGUCUCCAACUGUCAUUCCUGACACCAUACAUUGUCAACGCGACAACUCACAAUACCACUCACUCGAACUGCUAGUCGGUUCUGUCACUCCUGCAAAUUCCAAACAAACAUCUAUAGCAUCAUUCCUUCAGCUAUCCAACACUGCCAACCGCCAAAAUGAAGACAUCCGCUGUCCUCGCUUCUAUCCUGUUCGGCUCCUACGCCGUUGCUGCGCCUUUCGACAGACGCGCUCUUGUCUACAAGACCGAGGUCGUCACUGAGACCGUCGUUGUCUACACCACCGUCUGGGACGACGAGCCGGUCGCUCAGCCCACUACCACCAGUGCUGGCGAAUUCUACGAGCAGCCCAGCAAGCCUUCCACUACCAGCACUGCUGUAGUCGUUCCCUCAUCCUCUGCUGUGGUCACUCCCCAGGCUGCUCCUACCAAGGCCGCCCCCACCUCCUCCAAGGCUGCCCCGGCCUACACUCCAGUUGUUCCCGAGAAGCCGUCCAGUGUCUACACUCCUCCUGUUGAGACACCUACUUCCGUCUACACUCCUGCUCCUGCCCCAGUCUCUUCCUACGUCGCGCCUCCACCUGCGCCUGAGCCAACCACCACCGCAGUCGCUUCCCCUACCCCCGAGCCUGUGUACUCUCAAGCUCCUGCUCCCUCAAGCGCUGCGCCUAGCUACGGUUCUUCUUCUUCUGGUGGAGUAUCUUCUGGUGCCUCUUACGACAAUGUAGAGAUUACCGUCUACGACAUGAACGUAGGCGACUAUGGCGCUUGCGGUGAGGUCCAAUCCGAUGAUUCCAAGGUCGUCGCCAUCAGCAUUGGAGCCUGGAACGAGAUGGGCGGAAGCAUUCACAACGUCAUGACCGGCGAGUCUUCCAACCCAUGGUGUGGAAAGGAAGUUGAGAUUGAGUACCAAGGCCACACUGCUACUGCCAAGAUCAUGGACAUGUGCCCUGGCUGCGUCAACAAGUACGACAUCGAUCUCUCCCGCUCUGUCUGGGCGGAGCUUGGCCUGUCUGAGACCACCCGCUACCACGGCGUCAACUGGAAGAUCAUCUAAACGCCUCCUUCAGCCACGCCACGAUUCAUAUACCCAAGAUUCUGAUAUCUCGCUAGCGCAGGCAGGGUCAGCGCUUUGCACGACCAAGUUACGACUCAUUUUUUCACGCAUCAGGCAGGGACCGGUGACCGGAGUAUACGGAAAGGAAACCGUCAGAUACCGCGGUUCUUGUUCAGCUUUGCUCUUCUAGAUUCGCCUUGCCACUUGUAUUGUAAAGCAGAUCCCAUGGUGUAUAUGGGGGUACUUUGCUCAUUAGAGGCUCCUUCUCACAUUUCUUGUCGCUCUUUGACUACAGCGGGCUUGCCACGCUUUUCUUCGCUUCCUUGUAUAAGACUUUAGGGCUGGUGUAUGGGAGAACAUCUUAGAUACCCAUACAAGUUGGACAUCGGAGGUUCAUAUCUACCAAAAGAAAAUACAUGAUGCAUUGCGCAACUUCAAAACCAUAGUCUUGCUGCAUUCACGUGAACGAUUA